AUGGAGUGUCGAAGCUGCAGGACUUUUUGGAAAUAGAGGAAUGAUUUGGAAAAUGGAACAAAAUUGCUUUGAAAUUGAUUUUUUUUGUAUUUUAAUAUUUUUUGAGUGCAUAGAACUAAAAUUGGGACAAAAAGAAAAUUAUGAUACAAAUAUACCAAAGAUUCAAUUAAACAUAAGUAUCAUUGUGAGAGAAAUAGCGAAUUCCAACUGAAAGAUAAAAAUAUCUUUGUGAUUGAAAAUGAGAGCCAGGCCACAAUGGAAGAUUAAUAAUCAGCCUGCUAAGGUUCAAAAUUUAGUAAUGGUAUUUAAUUUUUUAUCAUCCCCAGGACUAACAAAAAUAGAGAUGCUGAAGAAGUCUAUCUUUAAGUUCUCUCACUUCUCUGUUCAUAGAACUACAGGUGAGGAAGAAGAAAAACAAAUAAUAAUAAUUCAAGGAUAAAAGUUAGACCUUCAACCCUGGAGCUGAUUUCAACAUAGAGAGAUGUGAUAUAAAUCAUGUUUAUUUUGUUUCAGCUCAAAUCUUAUAUUCUUU